CCCUUCCCUGCUUCAGCUUCUCUCACACCAUUACCAGUACAUAUCGCUUUAUCAAAAAUCACUUAAAUUUUCGACAUUUUUGCAUUUAUUUUGCUUUGCCUUUCAAUAUCGAUGUUCAUGGCUGUUGAAUCAACUCUCCCGACUCCAUUCCGAACUCCGGCUUCCGAUAAAGAUGCGAAAGCUCUUCAAUUCAUUGAAGAGAUGACAAAAAAUGUCGAUUCGGUUCAAGAAAGGGUUUUACGUGAGAUCCUAAGCCGAAAUGCCGAGACUGAGUAUCUCAAACGGUUCAUCCUUAAUGGAGCUACGGACCGGGAAACAUUCAAGUCUCGAAUCCCUGUUGUCACUUAUGAAGAUAUACAGCCUGAGAUUCAACGCAUCGCCAAUGGUGAUAAGUCCCCUAUCUUUUCAGCUCAUCCCAUUUCAGAGUUUCUCACUAGUUCAGGGACUUCAGCUGGAGAAAGGAAGCUGAUGCCAACAAUUCAUGAAGAGUUGGAUCGUCGUCAACUCUUGUAUAGCCUUCUUAUGCCUGUAAUGAACCUCUACGUUCCAGGAUUGGACAAAGGGAAGGGUCUUUACUUCUUGUUUGUGAAAGCUGAAACAAAGACUCCUGGAGGGCUCUUGGCACGCCCAGUCCUCACAAGCUACUACAACAGCGACCACUUUAAGACUCGCCCAUAUGACCCUUUCAAUGUUUACACUAGCCCCAACGAAGCCAUCCUUUGCGUUGACUCUUUUCAAAGCAUGUACGCCCAGAUGCUUUGUGGCUUGAUCAUGAGGAACGAGGUCCUUCGUGUUGGUGCCGUUUUUGCCUCUGGCCUGCUUAGGGCCAUUCAUUUCCUUCAAAACAACUGGAAACAACUGGCUCAUGACAUCGCAACGGGAACCUUAAACCCUAAAAUAACCGAUGCUCCGGUUCGAGAAUGCAUGAGAAAAAUCUUGAAACCUAACCCAGAACUUGCCCAGUUCGUUACCAUGGAAUGUUAUGAGGAGAAUUGGGAAUGUAUCAUCAAAAGAAUUUGGCCCAGAACUAAGUACCUUGAUGUUAUCGUAACUGGAGCCAUGGCUCAAUAUAUCCCCACCCUUGAAUAUUACAGUGGUGGCUUGCCAAUGGCUUGCACGAUGUAUGCUUCGUCAGAGUGUUAUUUCGGUCUCAAUCUCAACCCGAUGUGCAAACCAUCCGAAGUCACAUACACUAUCAUGCCAAACAUGGCGUACUUUGAGUUCUUGCCUCAUGGAUCAUCCACUUCUUGCCUAGUUGAUCUCGCCGAUGUCGAAGUCGGCAAAGAAUAUGAGCUCAUCCUCACCACUUAUGCAGGAUUGUGCCGCUACAGAGUCGGCGAUAUCCUUCGAGUCACCGGUUUUCACAACGCGGCCCCACAGUUUCGUUUCAUUAGGAGAAAGAACGUUUUGUUGAGCAUCGAGUCAGAUAAAACGGAUGAGGCUGAGUUACAAAACGCCAUCGAAAACGCUUCUCUUUUGCUGAAGGAAUUCAACACCAGCGUUGUUGAGUACACAAGCUACGCUGACACCAAACAAAUACCGGGUCACUACGUUAUUUACUGGGAAUUACUCGUCAAAGACUCAGCUAAUGCACCAACCGAUGAUGUUUUGAACCGAUGCUGCUUACAAAUGGAGGAAUCCUUGAACUCAGUUUACCGUCAAAGCCGAGUUGCUGACAACUCAAUCGGCCCCCUAGAGAUAAGAGUAGUGGAAAACGGCACGUUUGAGGAGUUAAUGGAUUAUGCAAUUUCAAGGGGUGCCUCCAUAAAUCAAUACAAAGUUCCAAGAUGUGUAAGCUUCACUCCAAUCAUGGAACUUCUGAACUCAAGGGUGGUUUCUAAACAUUUCAGUCCAGAUUUACCGCACUGGACCCCAGAACGUCGUCGUUGAGCACGCUGCAUAAAGUUCCACAAAUAGUCUAUUAGGCCUUGGAAACCAACUUUUUUCUGCAUAUAUAUAUAAUCGUAUUAUUAUUAGCUUUUAAAUGGUUUGGGUCAGUGAUUUUUGGUUCAAAUCCAUUUCAUGUUUGUUUCACUUGCUAGUGUUUCUUAGAUCUGUCUUUUCUUUAAAAAUAAAUAAAGAUGAGAAAAAGAGACUUUAAAGAUGGAUGUAAGUCAUCUCAUGAGCAGCUACUAUGAUAUUAUAUAUACCAUGAUAUCUAUGUAUAUAAUGUGAUGGCAGAAGUUGUAACUUGUAAUGGAUUGAUGAUGCUUAAUGGUUUUCUUGUCA